UGAAGGGGGCUUAGGUGGGCUGGGGAUGUCCCUGCUGAAGCUGCAGGGGGCGUUGCUGCGGGGGACAGAAAGCUUGUGGGUUGUGGUGCGCAGUUAUUCCUCGGCCACAGCAAAGGAAGAAACCAGGAAAAGAUGGGUGUAUGAGAAAACCGAACUUUUGGAAGUGCUGGAAAACAGAGUGAAACAGCUGGAGGCCAACAAUGCCUCCACGGUGGUGACCCCGAAAGCUCAGGAGGCCCCGGCAAGGAAGAGGGGCGUCUCCCAGCCUGCCCCGUGGCAGGCGGCCGCACCGACCAGGAAGGAGCCUGCCCCGAACCUCGGCGAGAAGAGCGCUUCCCAUCCCAGCCGGUGGAUGGAGAAGCUGAGCAAAGAGAAGUCCAUCAAACACAAGCGGCUCUUGAGGCUCGAAGCCAAGCUUUCGAGGGCUGGUUUCGAGACGAGGUUGUCUAGGGCAGGGGACAAUGCUGCCCAUGGGGAGGAGAAAGGCCUCUCUGAAUGUCCCACGAAAGGAAAACCAGCCCCCAGGGAAUCCAGAGACGGCCUUGAUGGUCUCAAGGGCGCCGCAGCUCCGGGCGGUCUUGGUGCCGAUCCUUCGGAAGGCGGCGUUGCCUCCAAAGGGCUGCCGAAGCAAACGCCGAAGCAGGCACCGAGCAGGGCGCCCGCCAAGGAGAAGCUGUUCCUGGAAGAGGAAGGAGGAAACCGCCACAGGAACGUCCAACUCAGUAUCUUGGCCUACUUGGACUGCUGCCUGUUUCUUGGCCAGACAGAGAGAGCUCACCAGUGCCUGAUGUUCUACCACCGGUCCCACGCCAGGAGGAAGCUGCUGGACGUACAGAUGUACAAUCUGCUCAUGGGCGGAUAUGCCAAGAAGCGCGCCCUGAACCACGUCGGACAGCUCUUCCGUCAGCUGGAGGAGGCCGGACUGAAGCCCAACCUGGACUCUUACGCCGCUGCCCUGGAGUGCAUGGGCCGAUCCGGUGCCCACCCACAAGUCAUUGCCAGGUGCCUCCAGCAGCUCAAGGAAGAUGGCCUCCGACUAGAAGAUCUCCUGAGAGACUCCCAGCACAAGGAGGCCGAAACGAAGAUGGCGCUGAAGGCCAUCCGGAGGGUCAUGCCGGACUUCCAGCCUCCACCGCUUGUCCGCCCGGCUGAGAUCUGUACCGUUCCCCUGUUCCGGGACUUCUACACAAAGGCGGAGCCCGUUUCUUACCCCAAGCUGGAUUUCACGGCGCAAGAGCUGCGGGAACGGUUUCAGCAGCAGCAGCAGCUGGAGGCGUCCAACGCUGUCACCAUCGAGUCAGUGGAGGCGGAAAAGCCCCUGUCGGAGCAAGCCGUCAGAGCGCGGGAGCUCCUGGCUGCGCUGCGUUCCCGGUGGCGGGCAGCCCUCCUCCAGGGCUUCCAGGAAUCCAAGCUGCAUCUGCACCAGAAACAAUCAGGGCAGCUGAAUUUGUACCCUUUCCUGUGCGUGUUGAAGGAUGAGGAAUAUGUGGACAUUUUGAUGCAGGGACUCUCCCGCUUCCCGCCGCAGGGGGAAUCCCUUCUGAUCUUGGCAAGAGAACUGGGUACCAAAGUCUACAACAAGUAUGUCAUCCAGAAGAAAUCCAGGAGCUGUUUGGUGAAGAACAUCCAAAGGCUCUACGACAGCUACGUCCAGCUGCUGGCGAAGGACACUCCGCCUGACAAUUACUUGCCCCGGGAAUAUUGGGAGGAGCUAGAAGCAAGGGCCGGCUACAGCCCUUCUCUAGUCAACCAGGACUGCGUCUGGCCCCACUCACUGAUGGUGCAGCUGGGCCUCCACCUGGUCGAGUUGCUGGUCCAAGUCCUCAAGAUGGAGAGCAAUCUUCUCACCCCAAGCCUGGAGCCGAAACUCAUUCCCAUCCUGUACCACGUCUAUUCUUUCCGAAGCGGCCGCCAGAUCGGGUUCAUCAGACCUCAUCCGCUCCUGACCCGGCUCUUCUCGAAGGCUUCCGAAACCACCCUCACCUUUGACUCCUUCGUCAUGCCCAUGCUGUGCCCGCCGGUGCCGUGGAUCUCUCCUUCCUUUGGCGCCUACCUCCUCAGCCCCACCAAGCUCAUGCGGUGCGUGGACGGGGCGGUGCAGCACCAGAUGCUUCUAGAGCGGUGUCCCCGCAACAACCUCUUUUCGGUCAUGGAUGCGCUCAACCAGUUGGGCAACUGCCCGUGGAAAGUCAACCAGGCCGUCUUGGGCGUCGUGAUCUCCAUUUUCAACGACAAAGGCGACGAGAAGCUGGACGUCCCGCCCCCGCCUUCCGAAGCCCCCCAGCCUGCCCGGCUGACCCUCGGAGGGGCCCCCCUGACCAAGUCAGCUUGGAAGCGGGAGGUGGCCCAGUGCCGCAAGAAAGCCAUGGAGACGUUCAGCCUGCGCAUGGACACCCUUUACAAACUGUCCAUAGCCAAGCACAUGGGGGACCGCGCCUUCUGGUUCCCCCACAACAUGGACUUCCGCGGAAGGACCUACCCCUGCCCCCCCCACUUCAACCACCUGGGCAACGACCUCACGCGGGCCAUCCUCCUCUUCGCCGAGGGGAAGCCACUGGGCCCGCGCGGCCUUGACUGGCUGAAGAUCCACCUGAUCAAUCUCACCGGGCUCAAGAAGAAGAGCUCACUGCAAGACAGGCUGGCCUACGCCAACGAGAUCGUGGAGGACGUCUUAGACUCGGCGGAUCACCCACUGACGGGCAGGAAAUGGUGGAUGACCGUCGAUGAGCCGUGGCAGGCCUUAGCGUGUUGCAUGGAGAUAGCCAUGGCCACAAGAGCCCCGGACCCGGCUGCUUACAUCUCCCACUUCCCCGUCCAUCAGGACGGUUCUUGCAAUGGGCUGCAGCAUUAUGCGGCCCUCGGACGGGACGCCAUUGGCGCGGCCUCGGUUAACCUGAUGCCGUUUGACGUGCCCCAGGACGUUUACAGCGGCGUGGCUCAGCAGGUGGAGGUGUUUCGGAAAAAAGAUGCAGAGAAGGGCACGAAGAUCGCUCAAGUCUUGGACGGCUUCAUCGGGCGCAAAGUGGUGAAGCAGACGGUGAUGACGGUGGUCUACGGGGUCACCCGGUACGGGGGCCGCCUGCAGAUCGAGAAACGCCUCAAGGAGAUCGAGGGCUUCCCACAGGAGUACGUUUGGGAAGCAUCUCACUACUUGGUCCAGAUGGUCUUCAACAGCCUCAAGGAGAUGUUCUCCGGCACCCGGGAAAUCCAGAAUUGGCUGACCGAGAGUGCCCGCCUUAUCGCCAAGUCCGGGCACGCUGUGGAGUGGGUGACUCCCCUCGGGCUGCCCAUCGUCCAGCCGUACCAUCGCUCGAAGAUCAUGCUGGUGAAUAGCAACAUUCAGUCAGUCAACCUGAAUUCACGCCACGAUGUCAGCCAGAAACCCGACACAGUGAAGCAGAAAAACGCCUUCCCAUGCUUCAUCCAUUCCUUGGACUCCACGCACAUGAUGUUGACGGCUCUGCAUUGCCACAGGCGGGGGCUGACCUUCGUCUCCGUCCAUGAUUGCUACUGGACCCACGCCCUCACUGUAGACAUCAUGAACCAGGUGUGCCGAGAGCAGUUUGUGGAACUUCACAGCCAGCCCAUCCUGCAGGACCUCUCCAAGUUCUUGCUCAAGAAAUACUGUGCCCGUUUCCCGGCUGAGUGGAGGCAAAAGAAACCCCUUGAGUUCCAGAGACUGGUGCAGCUGCUGUCUAGUGUUCCCAAGAAAGGUGACUUCGACCUGCAGAAAGUGAAGGAAUCCACCUACUUCUUCAGUUGACCUCCGCUGCUGGUCCCGACGUUCCACGCGUGGCCCGGCCCGGGCCUAGGACCGGCUGUGCUGUCCCGCCAGGAUCCAAACGGAGGGGCCCAGUCCCAAUGGUUUCUACAGCGCAGGGAGGGCCUCCCCCGAGAAACUGCAGCCCUCACACUCAAUUGGGCUGCCGUAGCAAGCUCUUGAUCCAUGGAGGACUUUGCUGUUUCUUUGUGGGCGGGUGCAGCCGUGGCAGAGGGAGGUUAUGGAGCGUGGGAGGCCUCACAGAUCGGGCCACUGAGGGCGCAGGUGCCUGCAGAAGCUUGUGCAUCUCUGUGAAGUUAACAAAAGAGGCAUGUUUUGCCCUGUCCGUUCCCCCCCUCUCCCCUCCCCCCCAUGCCUCAGAUCUGGAGGUGAGUUUGCCCUCUGCUGCCCUCCUGUGAUGCUUCACCAUGGCCUGACUCAGAGGUGUCCAUUUCAGGUGCUUCAGAUGUUCCUGAACUACAAUUCCCAUCAGCCCCUGCUAACAUGGCCAGGGGCUGAUGGGAAUUGUAGUCCAUGAACAUCUGAAGCACCAGAGUUGGACACCCCUGUCCUAACUCCUGGAGGGAAAGCAGGGACUGUAGGGGAGGCAACCUUCCUUCAGGGACCGCUUCCUUCCCUCGAUUUUUGCCUCGGUGCAGGCGCCACCAGCUCCCACCUGCCUCUACCGCAAAUCGUCUGCAUAGGCAGGGACGGCAGGCUGGAACGGGGCCGCUUGUUUGCAUUUCAGCUCUUGCUUCCAGGAAUAGUCUGUUUCCUUUUGCCAGGACGGUAUCCUGGGGGAAAUUCUCUCGGGAGCAUCUCCACCCGGUGGGUGUGGGACAAAUCCAGCCCCACAGAGAGAUCUGUGAUGCCUCCUACUGGGGAAGAAAAAAAAGACCACAAAGCAUUUUUGGGAAAUCAAAUUUGCCUGCAGGGGUCAGGCCCAAAGGAGCCGCUGGCCCCGCCGUCCCUCGCAGACCUUCCAGUCGAAAAGAAUGUUUGGCCCGGAGUCUUAAGGAUUUGUGCUUGCAUGUUCGGAAAAGAGAUCUUCCUCCGUGCCCCUACUGGUGUACUGAGUGGGGUUGCCAUUCCACCGCUGGCUUCAGAUGCCAGCGUGAGCCCAGCCUGCUCCGUCCCGCUCCUGGCACUGUAUCGGAGUUUCUCCCUCUUUCAGCAGCAAGCGUGGAUCGGUCUUUCGGCUUCCCCUGUGGGGAUAUCUUUUGCUGGUUCAACACGGCGGUUAUAAAUUACUGUAAAAUAGAAAAGGGUUUAAAAAAAAGUUUUGAAAUGUC